UAAACAAUAUUCUGCAAUAAUUACAAGUCGAUCGGUCUCUCACAGCCACCAUUUUCGCACACAGAACAUGAAAGUAUGAAACAACUCCCCCUCCCGUCUCUAUCUCCAAAACCCAUCGAUCGGUCUCUCACAGCCACCAUAUUCGCACACAGACCAUGAAGCCACUCACCCUCUCGUCUCUAUCUCCAAAACCCAAGUCAUAGUUGUCACUAAUUUACUAGAAAGCCAUACAUACCCUGGUACCCAUUUUGCGAGAUCCACCAGAAUCCAGAGAAAAUCCCAAUAAUAACCGAUCAAAAACAAUGACGAACACGGUGUUCUCGAAGCUCUCCGACGACGUAGUGCUCAACAUCUUCUCCAAGCUAGAGGACGACCCGCGCAACUGGGCCAGGCUCGCCUGCGUGUGCACCAGAUUCUCGUCCCUGAUCCGCAACGUCUGCUGGCGCCACAAGUGCUCCGCCACCAUUCCGUCAGUCGUCUCCGAUCUCAUCUCCAGCACCACCAGUUCGUCCUCCCCUCCAGGAGGCUGGGCCGCGCUCCACAAGCUCGCCGUCUGCUGCCCGGGCCUCCACCACUCCGGCGUCCUCCUCGAGCACUCCGAUUUCGGCCUCGAACGCGAGCUCGGCCCCGACGAGAUUUUCCGCAACAUCCCGAUUUCCAUUCCGAUCCCGAUUCCGCCAUCCACCGCCGAUCCGUGCCCGAGCCACCAUAUAGACCAUGCUACUUCGGUAGCUGAACCUUCCUGGUCGCUCUUCGAUGACCUGUACUAUGAUACUGUUUACAAUAAUUCAGACACCCAAGAUGGUGCCCAGGUUGUUGACGAAGAGGUUGCUGCUGAGAACAACGGUGUUGGCGUUGUUGAGGAGGAACAAGAAUUACCGGUGUCGAAAAAGAGGAGGAAGAUAGAUAGGUUGAUGUGGUCCCAUUUGGCUUCUGGGGUUUGGAAUUUAAGCCGAGAGCAAGGUAGCAAGCUGCUCGCCAGGCAGUUCCGCGACGAUUGUUUGUACAUUUGCGAUUGGCCAGGGUGCGUUCACAUCGAGGACAAGCGGAACUACAUGCUCUUCAGAGGGAUUUUCAAGAAUUUCAAGAGGACCCGGGUGUGGAGGACGAUAAACGAUGGGAAUAGGAGCAAGGUCGAUGUGAAUUGCGCUUUCUGCGCCUCCAACGAGACCUGGGAUUUGCAUUCUGCCUUCUGUUUGAGGCGGGUUUUUGGGUACCACGACGACGGUGAGCCGGUUGUUCGAGCUUAUGUCUGUGAGAAUGGACAUGUCUCCGGGGCGUGGACCGAUUUGCCAUUGUACACCUAAUGAUGUCAAGCAUUUGUUUCUCUGUUCGUUUUUUCUUUUCUUCUUUUUGUUAUUGUUUCUUGGCUCUUUCAUUUAUCAUUCAUGUCUCCAAUGACUAGAGCUGUGUUAUGUUUGUUGUUGUUGUUGUCGUAUGUAUUAGCCGUUUCUCUGACUGGAUUGGAGAUUUAAUAAGAGAAUGUGUGGUUUGAAGUUA